CCUCCAGGCACCUCCAAGGGCUCCACGCCAGCUCCGCCUGUUCCCAGUACCACUUCUCGCACCACCGUGGUCUCCCCCACUCCAGAGGUCCCGGCUUCACCCAGCACAGCCACAGUCACUUCCGUUAAAGGCUCCACCGUGACUGCUGUAUCUCUACAGUCCACCCCUGUAUCCAAGCCCACGGCAUUGCUACCAACAACAGAAAGUACCCCUGAGGUACCUGUCAGUACAACAAAAAGCACUCUUUCCUCACCCAUUUCCACUGCUCCAGGUAUCACCUCCACCACUUGCCUGCCUAUAUGCCAGUGGACCGAAUGGUUCGAUACCCACCAUCCAACCUCUCGUUUGAAUGAUGGUGAUUUUGAGACACUUGAACACAUUCGCAUGGAAGGUAUAGAGGUCUGCAAGAAUCCCCGAAACAUAGAGUGCCGUGCAGAGGAAUAUCCAGAUGUGAAUAUUUUUCUUCUCGGACAGAAAGUUGAGUGCAACCUCCGCGAUGGCCUUCGUUGCUUUAAUGCAGACCAGACAGGAGCAUCUAAAACGUGUUUAAAUUACCAGAUUCGAUUCCAAUGUUGCGACUCUUCGCACUGCUUCCCAGGAACAUCUUCUCCAGUCUCCACAACUGGUGCCACUACCGUUUUUAUGGGCACCACCUCAGGAGUGGCCACAUCUCCUGCCGUCUCCCAAACCUCCACAGAACCUCCACCUAUACCAACCAUCACUUUUACACGCACUACGGCAGUCUCCACAUCCUCAGAAGUUCCAAGUUCAUCCAAGACUCCCACAGUUAAAGUCUCCACAGCAAUAGCCACAUCUCUUCAUUCUACCCCGAUAUCCAAACCAGCAGAAACUAAACCAUCCACAGUGUCAAGUACUUCCAGAAGUUCCACAGAGGGAAUUACAACAGUCACUUUACAGAAAACAACUCCCUGUUUCUGCCACGUGUCUGGAACUACCAAUUCUUUAUAUUCUCCUGGGGAAGUAAUUUAUAAUAGAACUGAUAGUGCUGGAUGCAGCUUUUAUGCAGUUUGCAGCAAGACCUGUGAGAUUGAAAGGUUCCAGGGACCUUGUCCUUCGACAACUCCUUCCCAUCCAUCGACUUUAUCUGUUACAACUACAGCAACACCACCUGCCUCUAAGUCCACCGUGUUUGUUCCAGCAACUGAACUACACACUACUACAUCUGUACCAACUGCACCAAGUACCACGGGUUGUCCUGAUAUUGAUCCACCUAGAAUGACCAACGAAACAUGGAUGCUAAACAACUGCACUACAGCAAUUUGCGAAGGAAACAACAGAGUUGUUUUGAUACUUCACCCACCUCCAGAAAAGAUACAAUGUGCAAGUGGACUCCAGCCAGUAAAAAUAGAAGAUAAGGAUGGUUGCGCCCACUAUGAAUGUGAAUGUAUUUGCAGCGGUUGGGCCAGUACUAAUUAUCUAACUUUUGAUGGCAGUUUUUACAAUUUCCAUGACAAUUGCACUUAUGUCCUGGUGAAAGAGAUUGUGGAUAAACAUGGAAAUUUCAGUGUUUUGGUAGACAAUUACUUCUGUGAUGCAGAGAAUAAUCAAGACUGCUCUAGAGCCAUCAUUAUAAAUUACAACUCUAUGGAAGUGGUGCUAUACAGCCAAAUGAGUGAUGCAAGGAGAAUUAACAAGGUUACUUUCAAUCAUGAUCCAGUCCAUGGAGAUUUCAACAAGGAUGGCAUUAUCGUUACUAGUUCUGGUUCUAUGAUGAGUGUGGAAAUCCCUGCCAUCAAUGCUUUUAUUAGUUUCAAUGGGGUCAUCUAUACAGUAAAACUCCCAUAUAGCCAGUUUCAACACAACACAGAGGGCCAAUGUGGAACUUGUACAAAUGACCAGUCAGAUGAUUGUCGCUUGCCCAGUGGUCAUGAAGCUACCUCGUGCUCAGAGAUGGCUGCCCAGUGGUUGGUUUAUGACAAGAAUCGGACCCACUGUCAAGCAGUGCCAACACCACAACCUCCUGUGUCACCCACACCAGAACAACCUGUCUCCCCCACACCAACAAUCUGCAGUACACCGGCUCCUUUGUGCGAGUUGAUUGUGAGCGAUAUCUUUGUAGAUUGCCAUAAGGUUCUGCCUCCCAAAGUAUUCUACGAAGAUUGCCUCCUUGAAGCCUGUCACUCUUCCAAUGAUUCCCUGAAUUGUCACAACAUAGAGCUGUAUGCUUCCCUUUGCGCAGCUAAAGGUCUUUGUUCCGACUGGAGAAGCAAGACCCAAGGAAGAUGCCCAUACUCUUGCCCCAAAGAUAAGGUGUACAAACCAUGUGGUCCUGUUCAUCCUCCCACCUGUGAAGAUGGAUCAACUGUUAGUCACGAAGUGGCUGAAGGAUGUUUUUGCUCAGACGACAAAAUCCUGUUCAGUUCAUAUACUGAUAUAUGUGUCCAAGAAUGUGGCUGUGUGGGACCUGAUGGAUUGCCCAAACUGCCUGGCAGCAGUUGGAAAAGCAACUGCCAAGAGUGUGUCUGUGACCCACUGACAGUGAACGUACAGUGUAAGCCACAAACCUGCAAUACAUCAAAAACGCCUGUUUGUGAGAAAGAUGGCUUCAUACCUGUCUCCGUGCUCACCCCAGAAGACCCAUGCUGUCCUCAAGUGCAGUGCCAAUGCAACGUUAGUGCCUGCACCAACAAGAAAAAAUCCUGUGAACCUGGAUACCACUUAGCCAUGAUCCAUUUUGAGGGCGACUGCUGUAGCAGUUUUGAAUGUGAACCAACCCCUGAUAUUUGUGUCAUCAAUCAGACAGUUUACACGCCUGGGAUGAUUGUUCCAAGUAAACCCUGUGAAAAAUGCAUCUGCAGUAAUGUGACUGACUCAGACUCCAAGAGGAACAUUGUGCAAUGUACAUCAGUUACAUGUGAUGCCACUUGCCCAGCAGGUUAUGAGUAUGAGGAAAGCGAUGGAGAAUGUUGUGGAAAAUGUGUCCAAGUGGCUUGCAUAAUCAACGUUAAUGGUACAGCUGAAGUAGUCAAGCCUGGUGAUAUUUGGCAACGAAAGGAUAAUAACUGUAGUCAGUAUGAAUGUGAGAAAUUGGACGAUACGUUAAUUUUGGUCAAUGUUCGAAGAACAUGCCCGCCUCUUGACCCAGAGUGCAAACCUGAUGAAAUUGAAAUUACUCCUGAUGGCUGCUGUAAAACAUGCAAACCUGUAAAGAAAGACUGCAAGGUUCACAAAAAUCAAACUCUUGUCCGUCAAAAUGAAUGUGUCUCUUCUGAAGUUGUUGAAAUGACCUACUGUGAAGGGACUUGCCCAAGCUCAUCAGUAUAUUCCAAUGAGGCAAAGGCAAUGCAGCACAAGUGUACUUGCUGCCAGGAGCUGAAGAGCCAUAGGAGAGAGGUGACCUUGACAUGCUCAGACGGCAGAAGUAUCAAUUAUGAUUACAUCUAUGUGGAGGAGUGUCAGUGCAUGACCGCAUGUAUUCCUGAAACCACAGCCAGCUAGAAAAAGAGAAGAAGGAUAUGCAUUUGGAGCAGGACAAAAAAUCCAGUAAACUCCAAUUAGCAUUAGUUGCCACAUAAUGCUACUUCAGAUUGUUCACGGUGUCCUCAAAACAGUCAAAGGUGACUUUUAUUUCUUGGUCAGAUGCUUAACCAAAUUAAUGUUGUCUAAGAAUUUACAGUCAUCUAGCUCAUACUUUACAAAAUGAGUGCAGCAAGAAGUGCUCUAAGUAUCCUAAAAAUACAGUUAAAUUAUGACAAUUAUGUGUAACAUUUUAAUGCAGAAAGUGGAAGUGUUUUCUAUGCUUUGCUGUUUAUUUUUGGCCACAAUCUUGAAUUACUAAGCAUUAUUUUCUACAGGUAAAAUAUUCUGUAUAGUGUUAAUAGGCAUCUGGCAGUGAUAAAAGAUAAAUCUGUUUUUCCAUUUACUUGUUUACGAUUAAUAAAGAAAU